UUACAUAUUAUAAUCCUGUCGUUUAGUUUACACAGUAAUCUAUUAUUUGAUCGUACGUACGUAGACAGUUUAAAACGUUUGCAGCUUAGCAAGCUUACGUUAGCAUAAAGCUACACUGAAAGAGUGCUGCACUUCCGAACCCACCCAGCGAGAGCUAGCUAGCUAGCUGGCUAGCUAGCUAAUACAGUCAGCUAGGGUAAACGUUACCGACCGAGUGUUGGGAUGCAUGGAGCAGAAGAUCAAAGCCAUUUAGAGCUGACCUUAAAGUUACUGGACGUUAAGUGGCAGGUUUUAUGGCAGAGCUGAUGCAUUACAGUGGGUUUACCUAAGAGUCUGACUGCAUGUACUGCUGUGUACAGGUGAGUGCUAGUAAGGAUGACGAUGCCGCAUGUAGGGGCAGUAUUUGCAGCAAUAGCAGGAGUGGUGGCCAUCAUGUUGCACUCCUCUAUUCACAAGAUAGAAGAAGGACACCUCGCUGUGUACUACAGGGGUGGGGCAUUGUUGACUACUCCCAAUGGACCUGGAUAUCACAUUAUGCUGCCUUUCAUUACCACCUACAGAUCAGUGCAGACUACACUCCAAACAGAUGAGAUCAAGAAUGUGCCUUGUGGGACAAGUGGAGGUGUGAUGAUCUAUUUUGACAGGAUAGAAGUUGUGAACAUGCUGGUCCCCUCAGCAGUGGUGGACAUUGUGAGGAACUACACUGCUGAUUAUGACAAAACUCUAAUUUUCAACAAGAUUCAUCAUGAACUCAACCAGUUCUGCAGCGUGCACACGCUACAGGAGGUUUAUAUCGAGUUAUUUGACAUUAUAGAUGAGAACCUGAAGACUGCAUUACAGAAAGAUCUUAAUGCUAUGGCACCUGGGCUUACAAUACAGGCAGUCCGUGUUACCAAACCAAAGAUCCCCGAGGCUAUCAGGAGGAACUUUGAACUUAUGGAAGCAGAAAAGACUCGUCUGCUAAUAACAGCUCAGACUCAGAAGGUGGUGGAAAAGGAAGCUGAGACUGAAAGGAAGAAAGCCAUUAUUGAGGCUCAGAAAGUGGCUCAGGUAGCAGAGAUCCAGUUCCAGCAGAAGGUGAUGGAGAAGGAGACAGAGAAGAGAAUCUCUGAAAUAGAGGAUGCGGCCUUCCUGGCCAGAGAGAAGGCUAGGGCUGAUGCAGAAUAUUACACUGCUGCCAAGUUUGCUGAAGCAAACAGGCUGAAGUUGACGCCCGAAUACCUGGAGCUGAUGAAGUACCAGGCCAUAGCAGCAAACAGUAAGAUCUACUUUGGCCAGGACAUUCCUAACAUGUUUGUAGAGGGAAGCAACGGUCCCCCUAAAUCUCCGCGCUCCCCUCCGUUACCGAAUGCUGAAUCAGACUUCUUUAAAGCAAAGCCAGAUGGGCAGUGAGUCCACCAACGCUGCCUCUGCACAGGACCGGAGCCUAAUGAGGAAUUGUCUUGUCACUGGGGUGGAGAGCACUGAACUGAAUAUAAUGGGAAGGGUAGCUUUUCAGCUAGUUUGGUGAACAGCACGUUUCAGUCUUAAAUCUAAAGAGUGGGAGAGGGUUUUAGGUGAAAGACAGGUGAAAGUGAGUCAGAGAAGGUGCAAGGUGAAAAGGAAUUUUUUUUUUUUUUUUUUAAACCUUCCACUCUUUUUGAAAAGACGAGCUUUAGAAAUGAGAUUAAUGCCAUAGUUAAAAAUCAAAAGCAUAAACAUGCUAAUGCCUGAGAACGUUGACAGCAAUUAUUUGCCCUGAUUUACAUUUGCUUGCAAUCAGUGCAGUGUUUAACUUUGCUUUUGGGGCUGCGUUCUUUCUUCUGUUUUGUUUCAAUUUUUUGUAUGCAAGAAGAAUGAUUUGUGGUGAAAAUGAGUUAUUGAUUUUUGAGAAAUAAUAUGUGGCUUAGCUGCACUGGAAUCUGACAGGUGACACUAAUUAAAAGCUAGAUGAACGAUGUAAGUGUGUGAUGGGGGUCAAGUCAUCUCUGUGCCAUCUUUGCUUGCACUGAGUUACUAAGGUGGCUGUUCUCUCAAGAGUAGAAGGGCCUGUUUAAGCUGCUGGUGGAUGAACUUGAACACUUGAUGGGUUAUACACAGAAGUGGUUGCAUUAUAAAUAUCCAGUUGACUGAAAUUAUACAGGCAUUGCCCAGGGGUAUCAGAUUGGUGGUGUAGUGUUUUUUUGUUUGCCUGUUUGUUUGUUUUUUGGGUGUUCAUUUUGUUAUUAGUUUGUUCUUGGGGCCUCCUGUGACACUGACUGUGAAGCAAAUGAGGGGAAAAAAGGAAGAAAGUUCAAGAUGAUUAACUGAUUUUAAUUAUUAUAUCAUAAUUCAUUUAAAUUAAUAGUGGGCACUGCAGGAAGUUGAGAUUUGCAUUAAGAAGUCAGGGCAUCUUUCUUUCUGAUUGAUUGGUUUCCAGAGCCAUGCAUAUCAAAAUUUUUAGUUUGGGUUGAUUCAGAUGAUUAGUAGAGCCUGCAGCCAACUCUGUCGUUAUGCAGCGUAUUCAUAAGUAGUUAAAUGUAAAUUCUCAGGAAAUGUAUUUAAUAUUAAUAAGAGAGCUGUUUAAUGUUCACUCUCCAAAUGCUAAAAACAACCAUUAAUUCUCAUUUUCACCAUGAGGAAAGCUGUGGUUUGACAAGAAAAUGUAAAAGAAACACCUUUUCAGCCGAAAUAACGUUUUUAGUUCACUGUGUAUUUAAAACAGCUUUCUGUCUGCAACAAUACCAAUAUAAUGAGGAUGUUGGUCGGCUAAAGCAGAAACAAUACUAAAAAAAAAUCGACUUGUCAAUGUUUACAUUUUUUUAUGGUAAUUCAUAAUUUGGUAGACUACAGGAUCAUCAGUCAUUUCUCACUGAGAUAAUUGAAAAGGUUUUACUGGCAGCAGGAGUACCACAGAGCUUCCUGUGAUGAUUGAAGCUCAGAGGAUUUUGUUCAACCUCAAAUCGGUUUGUGACAACAUGAGUGUGACGCAAAAACAAAUUGUUCUUUUUAGAUAUGAAUGUUGAUAUUGCUUUGGCUUAAGAAAAGGUGCGGGUUGGUGCUAGUUUUAAUGUGCUUGUACUUCUUGAUUUUGUUCAGCUCUGCGUUUUAGAAACAUGGGAAUACUACUCAGAAAACAAGCCUUAAAUAAUAUAAUGGUUUACCCCAGACUUCAAGGUUCAGUGAUUCUUACAAACUCAAAAGCUCCUCGCAGACUUUGAGGACGCGCUGUUCUGUACGGCCUCGUCCUUCUUGCUUCGAAAGACACAACAGACAGUGAACACUACGAGUGUUUUGAAGAUGUCGCACUGUUUCUGUGACCUGCAUUUGGCAGUUAAAUGCUGCACCUCACAAUUCCUUUGGUGGUGGGUUUAAAUAAAGAUGCAAAAGACGGGGGGCAUGAAUCACUCGUGAAAAUGAUUUUUUUUUUUUUUUACAAUCUGUGAAACAUUGUCUCCUUGUUUUAAAAGGUUUAUAUGCAAAAUGUUUUCAAGUUUUGACAAUGUUCUUAUGUAAAAAUAAAACCUAUUUUGAUACCUCUC